AUGAAACGAAUUGGAACUUAUUAUAUGAAAAGGAAAGUCAUCGUAGUCGAUAAGAGCCAAACAGUGCAGUGGGAAGGUACUGCUAAGAUGUCUUCUAGACUUUGGUAGAUUUCUUUUAACAAAAAACUCUUGAGCAAAUGUCAACAAUACAAUCUUCUUUUAUAAAGCAAAAAGCGUGGUCAAAAACUUUUUAAAACUCCUCAAUUGAGCAAAUAACUAUGCAACAAAGAGAAACUGAAUGAGAAUUGCGUUUUUCGCAUAUUUAUGUUAACCAGAUAAAAAGGUUCCAGCCUGCACGAUCAAAAAAAUCCUUGAGCCACGGUACCUUCCCAAGAGUAUGGUAUUUACCAUGGAUGGAUUGUGCGUGCUCGGGAUCCUCUUUGCGGCAGGGUUCUUCUUUUUCAACUUUAAGUACCGAAAUGUCAGGUAGAAACUCUCCAUUGCACUAUUUUCUUAUUUAUUCACUUAUGCUAUCUUAUCUCUCUAAAUUUAAUAGUUAAUUGAAUUAAUCCACUGAUAGGCCCUCUUGGCUCUGCCAAAUGAUAUAAACUAACCAGCUAAACUUAAUGUGAAUACAGAAGGAGGCCAGGUGAAAUGAAAUCUGGUGCAGAAAGGAAGGCUUCAUAUUUAUUCAUAUUUAGGUCUUGAGAAUAGAAGCCUUUUCCUGGUUGUGUGGGCUUAAAAGAUUUCGGAAGGAAAAUAAAAAGUAUCUAUUUAGCGGUUAUUCACAGUGCAGAUGUCGUGGGAAAUAAAUUUUUGCCUCCACCUAAAACUGUCAUAACUCAAGUGGCCAGAACAAAUCCUAGCUCAGCCAAUGUCUAAUUGUUUAUGUCUUUUGAGAACUAGAAAACCAAAUUUUGUAAAAAGAAUAAGGUUUCGUUGAAUUAUCUCUGGUUGAAAGACUGAAAUAGUACUAACUGCAAUACCAACGGCAAGAGACUUAAAUAUUCACGGUUCUGCAUUUUGCAAAUCAAGAUAAGAAGGAAGGUAAAUUUAGUCCUUAGAGAUAGGGUGGAGAAAGCAACAUCUUUGUUCUCCUCGUUUCGGUGAUUAUUGCACAUUGCUAGGUAUAUUGAGUGAGUAGGUCUGUUCACGGACAUUUGCAAGCGUUUAAAAAUUGUUGAGAAAAUUCUUACCACUACUUUGCUCUCAUUCUCAGUUUAAAACUGGCUAUUGGAUUUUUCUGAAGUCGCCUGGGAGAUCGGGAAUUCUCUUAAAUCAACCUUAAUUUAAUCAUAUAUUUAGACACACAUAAAACACCGUAACAAUCGUUCAUAAUCAGUUAUUAAAUGCUUAUCUCUGCCUCCAGGUAUAUUCGAAUGUCCAGCCCGAAUAUGAAUAACAUUAUUAUUCUGGGAUGUGUUUUGAUCUACAUUUCUGGAAUCCUUUUCGGCAUUGACGCUGAAAUUGUCUCAAAGAAGACCCACGAGAAAGUGUGUCAGGUAUGACGUUGCAAAUUGAACUAAAGGGAAGCGAGGAAUGAGUAGAAGUACAUGAACAGUCUAAUGUACGGUAAAAGGCGAAUGCCUAAAUCACAGUCGCGUGAUUGGUUAAUGUUGUGGUACGAGCUUUUUUGGACUAAUCGGAAACCGGGAUGAGUAAAGCAAAAACAAUGCAAUCCCAGACUACUUUGGACAAUCGUUUAGAUAUUUAGAAAUUUCGUGGAUGAAGGAAGAAUUCACAAGUGUAACGUUACUGAUGCAGAAAACUACACAGUUUUGAAGUGGUCUUCAUGCAAAUCCAAACUGGAAAAGAAGGAAAACAGUAGUUUAAAGAUUUCUUAAUACCAAGUAAAGAGUGAGGGUGAAAGUUUUUGUGGAGCAUUAGGCAGUUCUCGCUCAAAUGAGUUACUUAUAACCUAUGUACUCUUUCAAAUUAUGUAGACUAGUGCAUGGACGGCAUCAUUUGGAUUUACUAUGGCUUUCGGUGCCUUAUUCUCUAAGACAUAG